AUGAAUUAUUCAAUUAUAAUUUAUGUUCUUGCACUAUUGAUUCGAAUAACAAUUACAUAUGAAUACAAUGAUGAUCAUGAUGAUGAAAAACAAGUGGCAUCUCAAUCGUCUUUACCAAUAUCUGAACCUAUACAACAUUUAAGUUCAUCAAUAUUUGAUUCAUUAUCUCAAUCGAAUUUAUCUUUAAUAUCAAUAUUAUUUACUGAUCAAACAAUUAAUCUCGAUAGUCUUGGUAUAUUUAGUAUCGAACCCGACACAUUUAAUAAUUAUCAUCCAUCAGUUACAACAAUAAUUUUAUCAUCAAAUUAUCUUUCGUAUCUUCCAAAUAAUCUUUUUCAUUUAUUUAGUUCAUCAUUACUUAAUCUUAAUCUACAACAUAAUCAAUUUCGUUCACUUCAAAAAAAUUAUUUUUUACGUCGCCUGGAAUAUUUACGUACACUUGAUUUAAGUAAAAAUCAAUUAUAUGAAUUAUAUAAACAAGAUUUUACUGGUCUUAAACGUUUAGAAACAUUAAUAUUACGUGAAAAUAAAAUCACUUAUUUAUCCUAUGCUAUAUUUAGUCGUUGUCGUACAAUAACAACACUUGAUCUAUCUGAUAAUGAAAUAUCUAUGAUAGAUUCAAAUGCAUUUCGUUCAUUAUAUCGUUUAAAAAUUCUUUUAUUUAGUAAUAAUCCAUUAGGACAACGUUCAUUAACAACUCAUUUAUUAGAACCAUUAAAAAAUCUUGAAUAUUUUGAUCUUGAAAAUACGGAAUUAAAUGAUCUUCCAUCAUUUUUAUUUAUUUCAAAUCAACGUCUACAAUCAAUUAAAUUACGACGAAAUAAUUUUCAAACAACGAUCACAAAUUCACGUUCUAAUUUACAACAAACAUUUUGUCAUGCACAUUCAUUAGUUGAAAUUGAUCUUGUUAGUACAAAUUUACGUACACUUGAUGUUUGUACAUAUGAUCAACUUCCAUCAUUACGUCGUCUUUAUUUAAUGAAUAAUCCACUUGAUUGUACAUGUGAUUUAUUUUAUUUAAAAUAUGGUGAUAUCUAUCGAGUUUUAUUAACUGAUGAGAAUGGACUUGAUCGUAUACAUCCAGAUAUUGAUGUAUAUCUUGAUCGAUGGAUAUCAAGACCUGAACUUCGUCGUCAUUUAGAAAAAUCACAUGCACGUGGUGAUUUUCAUCGAUUACCAAUUGAAUUAUCAUUAUUUGCACGAUGUGCAACACCUGAACAAUGGUAUGAUCGUGAAAUAGGAAAUAUAUCAGGUAUAUUUACACAAUGUCAACAACGUUGGUUUACUAUUCAAGAAGAAUGUCAAAAUUAUUGUCAAUUAGAUAAUGAAAUUCAAACUUCCACAAUGAUAAUUAACAGUAUUUCGUCAAGUUUGAUGCAAUAUAAAUUGUUUUCUGUUCAAUUAUGUUUUAUUCUAUUCGUAUUUUUUUCUUUGUAUGUCUCUUGUUAA